CCUGGCACCCCGUUGUAUCAAUGUCAUGAAGACUGCGGCCUUCUCAUUACCCUAGGUCGCACUGCUGGUUAUUGCUCUAACGCUGAGUGGAAUCAGCGUUAUGGUCGUUGCAUGAGCUGUGCCAACACCUACAACAUCUGGCAGUACUACGGCACCAGCGUCACCAGCCUGGCCAAAACCUGUGGUCUCACGGCCUCCCCU